UGAACUCGGACCUAAUUUAUUGGUCCAAAUUUCAGAUGCCAAUAUGAAAAUUUAUUACGUCGGAGUUUUGGAAAAGAGUGGUUCAACAGGGAAGACAGUGAUUUCGGCAGAAGAUGUGUCGAACUUCAGUUAUUUCUAUCGCAAAAAUGUACAACAGUUUCUCAAAUUCACUUCAGAGGUAGUAGUUGGGCGAACAAAUGUUGAACAAAGAGUUAGAGUGCAGGAAAAGGAGUACUUCUGCUACUGUUUUGUCAGAACAGAUGGGUUGUCAUCUGUACUUAUAUCAGAUAACGAUUACCCACAACGAGUUGCUUUCACGCUUUUAAUGAAAAUUCUCGAAGAGUACAAAAUGAGUGCAUCAAUGAGCUCUGAUUGGCUACAAAAGCUCCUUAUGAAAUAUCAAGAUCCACAUGAAGCGGACUCUCUUCUGAAAGUUCAGAAAGAGUUAGAUGAAACCAAAGUGGUACUUCAUUCCACGAUUGAGUCAGUUUUGAACCGCGGAGAGAAAUUGGAUGACCUGGUAGCGCAAUCGGAUGCCCUUUCUGCCACAUCUAAGACAUUCUACACGACAGCCAAGAAGAACAAUAGCUGUUGUGGAUACUUCUGAGACGAGUUUACCUAGAAGACAGUCAACUUUAAUGGGUUUGGGAUACUAAAUGAGUGGAUAUCAGAUAAAAAUGGUGUUCCUCUUCCUCAGAUCUUUGAAAUCAAUUAUGCUAGCUAGUUUAUAACCAAAUCGAUGUUUAAGUUAAGCCUAAUUUUGUUUCUGCAUUAAUUGCAGCGACAGCUGUUGUUUUAUUGCGAAGUUAAUCGUUAUAAUGUGCUGUAUCGUUUUUAAUAGCUAUAGAAUGAAAUAGAAAAUUAAUUGAAUGCAUUGUACACAAAAGAUGGUUCUAAAGUUCAGAAUUUCUGUGAA